UUUUUCCCUCUAUGUCGGCCCCCGCUUGACCAGACUAGAUGCUCAUUGGCCCCCAGGUCAUUUGAGUUUGACACCCAUAAACUUUAUGUGAUUCAGGACAACAUGAUAGUGAAUCAGCAAGCACACUGGGAGGUUGCUGGUUCAUUCUUGGGAUGGACCAAGGGCUUAGAUGCCCCUGAGCAAGGCACCCAAUCCACUAUUGCUCCCACGGCACAGAUUGUGCUGCCCCACUGCUCCUGUGCCUGGUGCAAAAGAGGAAUUCACUAUCACUACAUUGGUGUAUGUGCAAAUAAAAAUCUAAAUUCUCAAAAUGUACUAUACCAGGGCCAUUUUACUCAGUUUGUGUAUUACAAAACGUUACAUUUAACACUAUUACAGUAGAACGAAUGUUGCUCCAACGUGCUUGUCUGCUUUACCGCCACGAGAGGGCAGGAUUGCGCAACAAACCCCGCCUCCUGUGUGCUGGGAACCAGAUCAGGCUGCAGCUCUGUGUUGCAUGGAUUUGCGAUUUUAAAGUAAAGCUCAACAGUUGCCCGGAAGCUCCAGGCUGUUGUUGCAUUAGAAGCCACGGAAACGCAGAAACCACACGGACACAGAGGUCGACUUCUCUUAACGAGCAACGGGCCAUUUCCCACGUGAAAAUAUGCGCACUUAACUCCGCCUUUCUAAACACACCAUGGAAACAAAUAUGCAGCGCUCCCUCAAACCUCCAGAGACCCGCCUCUUCUUGCCCACCAUUGGUCCAGCUCGGAGCGUUUAGGCUCGUCCUCUGCGGCUCUGAUUGGACGGAAUCCCUUUCUUUCAGGAAACCAACACGGAAAAGGGAGAGAAAAAAAAAAGUUAUGGAAAGAAGCCUAAACGGAGCUGUUGUACGCUGCACGCUGCUGUGGAGCUUUUACACGGCAACAAAAUCACCACCGCGUUCACGCAGAAGCAGCGCAGAGCGCGCGACUCCACGCAAGUCGUGAAGAGUCGUGAAGAAAACGGAGAAGAAGAACCCGGUUCGGAGGUGGAAAAAAAGACCAGAGAGACACUCAGAGACACAGAGAGGGAGACAGAGAGACAGAGAGACAGAGAGACAGAGCCAGGUAUGUUUUUCCGUUUCCAAGGAUUGAUGUCAGCGCUGAGGAGGGAAGGAAAGGAGGACAGGUGCGCUGCAGAGUGAACUUAGGUCUCCCCGCAGCAGCAGCUUCGCGAUACGGGAUUGGAGACACAGAGACACUCCGCAGAUCUGGAAACCAGCUUUCCAAGUUAUUCAGUAUUUGUUUAUACUUGUUUUCUGUGAAGCGUUAAAAACUUGGAUCUUUUUUUUUUUCUUUUGACGCCGAAGUGGAACACAUUUCACUGCAGCCUUCACGCGACCCUUUGCUGCCUUGUAAUGUUGACAUUUUGACGACGUGGAGUAAGCCGUGAGACCCACUCGCGCGCCCGUGUGUGCGCAUGUGUGUGUGUGUGUGUGUGUGUGAGAGAGAGAGAGAGACGCGCCAGCAUCAGAACCAGCACUUUUCGCUUCAAUGCGACACUGACGCAGCGGAUCUGGCAUCAUCGCAGACAAACAGGUGAUGGUCGGGUGAUUCAGUGCAAGUAUCGAUCGUCAACUGAGGGACUUUGAUUAGAAAUAUUCAUUCAAAAAAAGGACUCUUCUCAAGCUGGAAUGGGAUAUAACACAAGAAAACGCCCCCAACUUCUGUAAUCUGCAAUGAUUUUUUCCCCGUGCGUCAUUGCGUCUUAGGAUCAGAUUGCGCUGAAGGACGACCGGUCUUGGACUUGCUUUCGGGUUUACAGGAGCUACGCGGACAAUGUCCAAGACACUGAAGAAGAAGAAGCACUGGUCCACCAAAGUGCAGGAGUGCACCGUGUCGUGGGGGGGUUCCGGGGAAUUGAUCGCGGUGGUUGAGGUGCGCGGCGGCGCCGAGCUGGGAGAGUUCCCGCACCUCGGACACAUAGUUUCGGAGGCGAUGGUUUGUCUCAGCGGGAGGUUGCCCGGCAGCGGGGACGUGCUGCUGGAGGUGAACGGCACUCCGGUGAGCGGACUCACCAACCGAGACACGCUGGCUGUCAUCCGACACUUUCGAGAGCCUGUCCGACUGAAGACUGUGAAACCAGGUAAGGUGUUGAAUCCUGAUUUGCGUCACUACCUCAGUCUGCAGUUUCAGAAAGGCUCCCUGGACCACAAGCUCCAGCAGGUGAUCAGGGACAACCUAUACCUGCGCACCAUUCCAUGUACCACUCGGCAGCCCAGAGAGGGGGAAGUUCCUGGUGUGGACUACAAUUUCAUUGGUGUGGGAGAAUUCCGUGAGCUGGAAGAAAGUGGACUGCUGCUGGAGAGUGGCACCUAUGAUGGAAACUACUAUGGAACCCCCAAGCCCCCGGCAGAGCCGAGCCCCGUGCAGCCGGACUUGGUGGACCAGGUUCUGUUUGACGAGGACUUUGACACAGAGGUCCAGCGAAAACGCACGACCUCUGUCAGUAAAAUGGACAGAAAGGACAGUGCUGCACCCGAGGAGGAAGAGGAAGAAGAGAGGUCUCCGAUGGUCAACGGCCUGACUGAGCACAAGGACAAGGCGGAGUGGAGGAAGACGGUGCCCAGCUACAACCAGUCUGCUGGGGCCAUGGAUUUGCGUGUGUGGAACACACAGGAUGAAAGUCAGGAGCCCUUGCCUAAAAACUGGGAGAUGGCCUACACGGAGACUGGCAUGGUGUAUUUCAUAGAUCACAACAGCAAGACCACCACCUGGCUGGACCCCCGCCUCGCCAAGAAAGCCAAGCCUCCUGAGAAAUGCGAGGAAGGAGAGCUGCCCUAUGGCUGGGAGAAGAUUGAGGACCCACAGUAUGGAACCUACUAUGUAGACCACAUCAACCAGAAGACCCAGUUCGAGAAUCCCGUUCUGGAAGCAAAGAGGAAGUUGAGCGUGGACACACCCACUGCCCUACCGCAGCCACCAGCACCAGCCACAGAGGAGCCUGGUGUGGGAGUGCGGGGCUUCACACGGGAUCCAUCUCAGCUGCAGGGCUCUAUCCUGCAGACGUCGCUCAGAAAAAGCCCCCAGGGAUUUGGGUUCACCAUCAUCGGAGGAGACCGACCUGACGAGUUCCUUCAAGUCAAAAAUGUCCUCCCGGAUGGACCUGCUGCACAUGACAACAAGAUCACCUCAGAAAAACUCAUGAUUGUUUCAGGUGAUGUGAUCGUUGACAUCAAUCGGACGUGUGUGCUGGGGAAGACUCACGCUGACGUGGUGCAGAUGUUCCAGUCCAUCCCUAUCAACCAGUAUGUCGACAUGGUCCUGUGUCGGGGCUACCCCCUGCCUGAGGACUCCGGCAACAGUGAAGAGGUCUUAGGAGGCCCUGGCACCUCCAAGGACGCUUCCCCUUCCCCUUCCCCCUCCAGCUCCACUCCACAGGAGCCUCAAUACACAGUCCCAGAUGGAGGAACUCUCUCCAGGCAGACUGCUGCCGUAGCACCCAUGACCAAUGGCGGCCGUCACCAUCACCAUUCUCAUCCCCAACAACACCACCACCACCACCACCUCCCUCACGUCCCCAAUCAAGAAGGCCCCGACCCUACUCUGUUACAGCCAGAGCUGGUGAGCGUCCCACUGGUGAAAGGCCCCACUGGGUUCGGCUUUGCCAUCGCGGAUUGCCCCCUGGGCCAGAAGGUGAAGAUGAUCCUGGACGCGCAGUGGUGCCGUGGCUUGCUGAAGGGCGAUGUCAUCAAGGAGAUCAACAGGCAGAAUGUCCAGACGUUGAGCCACUCCCAGGUGGUGGACAUCCUGAAGGACCUGCCUGUGGGCAGCGAGGUCAAUGUGCUGGUGCUUAGAGGAGGUCAGACAUCUCCUGUGAAAUCACUGAAACCGUGCACAGCUCCCGUGUCCCAGGCUCUAUCCCAGCCAACUCCUCAACAGGCACCUCAUGCUGUUCCCCAUCAAGGCCCCCAGCCACAGCGACAGGAGGUGAUCAACAGCACAGAGGCUCUCAGUCAGCCGGAGACAACCCCCAGUCCCAAUCCCAAUCCCAAUCCCAUCUCCUUCCCUGCCAACACCCUGCAUUCGUCCUCGCCCAAACCAGAUGGAUCUGAGCUCUACCUCAAGUCCAAGGCGUUGUUGGACAGCAAGCCUGCUAAUACCAAGGACUUGGAUGUGUUCAUCAAAAGGAACCAGGAAUUGGGCUUUGGCUUCAGAGUCCUUGGAGGCGAGGGGCCAGAUCAGCCGGUUUACAUCGGCGCAAUCGUGCCGCUCGGUGCAGCUGAGAAAGACGGGCGCCUGCGGGCAGGAGACGAGCUUCUCUGUAUAGACGGUGUGCCAGUCAAGGGCAAAUCCCACAAGCAAGUGUUGGAGCUGAUGACCAACGCUGCCCGCAACGGCCAAGUCAUGCUCACAGUCCGCAGAAAGCUGGUGCACUCAGAUGGGGGUGAAGAGGAGGAGAGUGGUCAGCAGCCCCACCACGUUGCAUCUGCCCAGGUCAACAGCUCUCCCAAGAUGCCCGGUACCGAGCUGCCAAGUGCUGUCCAGCAAGCCCAUUCGUCUCGACCUGAGUGCUUUGACAUCACUCUGCAGCGCAAAGAUAACGAGGGCUUUGGUUUUGUCAUCCUGACCUCAAAGAACAAGCCCCCACCUGGAGUUAUACCUCACAAGAUUGGCCGCAUCAUUGAGGGCAGCCCCACGGACCGUUUAGGUCAGAUGAAGGUGGGAGACCGUAUCUCUGCUGUCAAUGGUCAGUCCAUUAUGGAGCUGUCUCACAACGAUAUCGUCCAGCUCAUCAAGGAUGCCGGCAAUUCGGUCACGCUCACUGUUGUGCCUGAAGAUGACAGCGCUCCUCCAUCUGGAACAAAUUCAGCCAAGCAGAGCCCCUCAGCACAACACAGAGCUGUGGGCCAGCAGCCUCCCAGCUAUCCAGAAAGGAAUGGUGACGGUGAAGUGAAUAACUUUUUUCCACAGAGAGAGAUGGGUACACUCAUGACAUCUGGCCCUAAGCAGGGCUCUUUCGUGGUGGAGCUGGAGCGCAGCCAGCGAGGCUUUGGCUUCAGUUUGAGGGGGGGGAAAGAGUAUAACAUGGGACUGUUCAUACUGCGCCUCGCUGAGGAUGGACCUGCUCUUAAUGAUGGCAGGAUACAUGUUGGAGAUCAGAUAGUGGAGAUCAACGGCGAGGCCACACAGGGCAUCACACACACUCGGGCAAUCGAGCUAAUCCAAGCAGGAGGCAAUAAAGUUCAUCUUCUGCUCCGACCUGGGCAGGGCUUGGUCCCGGAUCACAGUUCAAAGGACAAAGUCACCAUUCAGUCAUCUCCAGCCUCUCCAUCCUCCGUCUCCUUCUCUACCUCAGAACUGUCCCCAUCUUCUCCCAAAAUAUCUGCCUCUGACGAGUUCACUGAGGGGGACCCGAGGGCAUCUGCAUCCCCUGGUGCUGGGCAGGAGCACGGUAGGCAGGCUAACAGAUCACGAGGUCAGCAGCUCCCACACCACAACCAUAAGCGCACCACUAGCCCCAGCACUCAGACCAGAAAAACAAGCAGGGGAGACUCCAAGUCUAGUAGUCCAAAAAGAGCAGCUGAAGGCUGGGCAGAUCAAGCAGAGCACUCCCAGAGCCCUAGAAGAACAGGGCAAGGCCACAGCGGAUCCUUGGAAGAUAUGAGCAAUGAGAGAAAAAUUCAAGGACAGAGAGACCACUACUCCUCUAGCCCCAGGAAGGGCUCCAAGAAGGAGUAUGACACUGUUGUGCCUUUGAAAAACCUGGAGGAGCCCCAGAGUCCUAGGCGUCCAGCAGGCCAACAGCCCAGCAUUCCCACUAGAGAAGGGAAGGACUGGAGGUACAAGGAGGAGGACACAGCUUACUGGCAGCAGAGGGGUACAACAGAGAGUGGAGACAAAAGCAGGGUUUCCACUGAACUGCACAAGAAGGGCAAAAGGGCUGAGCACGAGGCAGUGGCGCAAAAAUCUCUCUCCCAAACACAGAGGGAAAGGCUGGGGUCAGAUGCUGAUAGUGGCACCCUAAACCGAAGGAGUGCAAGAGAGAAGGGGGAUAAAGAAUAUUGGGAGAGUAAGUACCAUGGCCCAGUUGAUGAAGUGAAUAGAAAGGACCCCAGAGGUUCAAGCAGUAGCAUUCAGGACCCUAGCUGCAAUGGGACCACUACUAGCAAGAAGACUCCAAUCACCCCAGGCCCGUGGAAAGUUCCUAGCUCUGCCAAGAUCCAGUCUCGAGUGGACAUAACAUAUGCAGACGUGUGAUAUCUGUCUCUGCAUUUAUCAACAGAAAGCUGAGCCUCUAAAGUGUGGACAUCCACAAUGGAAUUAUAUUCUUUUUUUUCUUGAACAAAGCAAAUCACUGUGUAACCAGCAACAUAGCUUCUCAUUGCUUGUGAUUUUUUUAUUUUUUUUUCUUCACCCAGUUUGCCUUGGUUAGUUUGCAUCAACCUGCUGAUGUACAUGCUCGUACUUACAUGAGUGAGAUGGAUGAUGUGUGUGUUUUAGAUUGUCUGCUUUGUGCCAAUCACAGACUCUGGGAAAAGAAGCUGCUCUGUGUUGCACUCACUGUGAGACUGUUUGUGGGUAAGUGAGUGAACUGCUCCUUCCGGCUACUCACAUCACAAUGAAGGAUCCAACUUUUUUUUUCUUCUUCGUCACUUUAAAGGUUUAAGGCACAUCCCUACAAUCACUCAUUUCCUCUUCCUGGCAAGACUAAGUCACUGUUGCUGUCACUGAUGCAUGUAAAAAAAAGAGGUUGGUGAAGUUCUAAGGUGGCUUCACUCUCUUCUGAUUUAUUUACAGUCUGUUCUUUGAGAGCCUGACUAGACUUGUGGAUUGCUAUAAAUCGUGUGUGUAUGUGUGUGCGACUGUAUUCACACACACUGAGACACCCUGAUUUAAUUGGCUUAUCAGAGGGUUGGCAUACACUAUCCAGGAGCUUCAUAUGCAUCAAUCAGCAGACCAGAUACUUGUGGUUAUAAUUCUAAUGUUUGUUACAUGUGUGAUGAUAAUAAAGCAUAAUGUAAUUUAUUGAAA